AUGGCCUCCGCGGGGUCUGGCGGCUCCGUGACCGAGCUCGCCUCGAGACUCUACGACGCAUGCCUGGCCAACUUCCCCAUCGACCACCUCUUCUACCAGCAAGACCUCCUAGGCCUGGACAUCAUCCCGAAAAACGACCUCCCGCUCCUCCUCCAAUGCACCCAGUCCCUCGUCGACCAGAAGCUGCUGCGCCUCCUGCAGGGCAAAAAUGACCGGCUCGCGUGGAAGCUCAUUGCGCGCGAGGACGCCGAGAAGCUGCAGAACCUUUCCCCCGACGAGAGCUUAGUCUACAACGUCAUCCACUCCACCGGCCGCUCAGGCAUCUGGGUGCGCCAGAUCCAAAGCCGCACGAACCUGCACAAGUCCAUCCUCGACCGCUGCCUCAAGUCCCUCGAGGGCAAGAGCUACAUCAAAUCCGUGCACAAUGUCAAGUUCCCCAGCCGGAAGAUGUACAUGCUCGCGGGGCUGGCGCCGAGCGAGGACGUCACGGGCGGCGCGUGGUUCACGGACGGCGUGCUCGACGAGAACUUCAUCGGCGUGGUCUCGGGCUUCAUCGAGUUCUCCGUUAGCAAGAAGAGCUGGUACGAGGUGCCGGCGGCUGAUCGGGCACGCGCUAAGCGUUUGAAGACCGCUGAUGGCUCUGCUGCGGCGGCGACGGUCAAGAAGGAUGGUUCCGCGAAGUACCUCCCCUAUCCGGCGGGCUACACGGGGUACCCGACCAUCGCGAUGCUCACGGCGGCCGUCAACCAGAGCGGCAUUACGCCCGUGCGGCUGGGCGAAGAGAGCGUGACGCAGCUGCUCGAGAUGCUCUGCUACGACAAUAAGCUCGUCGCGCUGAACAACGGCGAGGUCUACAAAUCCGUCAUGAACCCGGAACAGGUCAAGGCGCGCCAGGCCCGCAAGCCGAACGAGGACCGCGCCGCGGAUGACGACCGGCUCGUCCUGAACGGCAUGACGGAGGUCCCCUGCGGCCACUGCCCGGUUUUCAACCUGUGUGUGCCGGGGGGUGCGGUUAGCCCGGAGAAUUGCGAGUACUUUGAGACGUGGAUUCAUGAGAAGGGGCCGCUUUCUUUUUAG